CUCAUUUCUUUUUUAUACAUAUUAGUAAACGUAGUAAAUUACAGUAUUUUGCAAGAUUAAGUUCCUGAACGUUCCAGGUCGGACCGUUAGGUCGUUCCUCGAAACCCUGUUUAGCGCAGAUUACCCUAAUCGAGCGAUAGGUGGAUAGGCACAGAGGGAAGGAGGAAAGGAUACUAUCUGUAGCCGACUUACUCCAAGUUCCAAACUCCUAAAGACGCGACACCCAUGAGGACACCCUGAAUCUCGAUCUUUCACUAACUCCCCUCUCAAUACAACACUCUUUUGCAUCAUUUACAGGAGGCGCGAGUAAGAUUAUCUGCCAGUCGACCAACGCCAUCACUGGCAGGCAAUCUACGAUUGAACGACUGGGUGUCCGCGAUACCUCUCCCUCCAUCAACAACCUCCGCUCCUGCAGCUCUUCCCGAUGGCUUCGCUUGGAUUCGGAAAAGCAUUCCGAUCUGCUUGGCACAGUCUAACAAGUUACGAUCGCCAUUCCGAUUUUGACUCCCCAUAUCGCACUGGCCAGCAUGUACCACUCGCUCAGAGUCGACACGACCCCCUUACCUCCGUCGCGACCGAUGGCUCCGAGUCUCGCGCUGAUAUCUCAUCCCCUUACCUCGACGACCAAGCGAGCUCAGCAUCAGCGCUAAAUGGCAAUGCCUUCCCUCCGUCGCCCGCAUACGCCCGGAACCCAGGGAACACUUCUCCAUCGCCAUACUCGCCUGGAAUGAGAUCGUCGUCAGCUCAAAAAAGACAGAAUGACAACUUCGCGGAAAACACAAGCCCUGGCGAGAUUCAGAUGCAGGCCUUCCAGGAAGGGCUGCCACCGCCACCACCGGUUGCACAUUCGUGGAGGAGGAUGGAUAAGUGGGCUGAGGAGAACUACGAGGAACUCUUUGAGGAGCUUGGAGAGGGAUGCACAAGCAACGACUUGAACGACCUUGAACACCAACUCGACUGCUCUUUGCCAAUGGACGUGCGCGAGUCUCUACAAGUCCACGAUGGACAAGAAGUGGGCGGUCGACCGACGGGAAUGAUUUUUGGCUGUAUGUUGCUUGAUUGUGAGGAGAUUGUACAUGAGUGGAGGAAUUGGAAAACGGUUAACGAGCAAUAUCUCAAUGCACCAUCAACAUCCGGGCCCACGACACCGGCCACAGCUCUUGGGGGAAGCUCAUCAGCAGCACCCCCGAAGAAGCCCCAGCAGCCACAAAACCCAAUGUGGCGCCAGGACCUCCUCGCCAAGCAGGAAUCGCAACCCCCAGGAGCAAUCCAGAGAGUCUAUGCACACCCCCGUUGGAUCCCGUUAGCUCGUGAUUGGGGAGGAAACAACUUGGCUGUGGACCUGGCGCCUGGCCCUACCGGAAAAUGGGGUCAGGUUAUCCUUUUCGGUCGCGACUACGACUGCAAAUACGUUGUUUCUAGAUCAUGGGCAUCAUUUUUGGCGACUGUCGCCGACGACAUGAACAGCGGCAAAUGGUUUAUCGACGAGGACACGAACGAGCUGAAGCUUCGUGAAUUCAAGACAUCGCAUGUUGAGCCCGGCUACUUGGAUAUUCUCAGAUGGAGAUCCGAUCAAAAGUACGGCCGCAGAGGUCCAAGGAGGCGGCCGCACAACGGGUCUGCUAAGGGUGCUGGAUCUCCUACAGGCUCCCCGUACGAUAGCCCGGUUGCCGAGAUUGGCGAGCCACGAGGACGAUCCAUGCAAAGAUUCAGCGGCGCUUCUCCCGUGUCAAGCCCGAACAGGCCCAACUAUCCAAAGUCAAGCCCCCUAUCGAAAGUCGCGGAGGAAAUCCCAUCGGCACAAGUCGCCUCCCCGCUGCAGGGCGUCGUGAACACAGAUGUGUCCAGUUCCAGCAAACCUCUUGUUGAAAUUGGAACUCCCCGAGCCAGUGACGAGGAGAAGCGCAUUAAGGCCAUGGAGUCCCUGUUAGACCCGCCUCCGACCAAAGACGACAAGGAGAAUGUGAAGGCGGAUAGCACAUCGGCCGCAGACUCCAAGUUGAACGGCAACGCGACCAAGCAGGCAACGGUCGAGGACGACAGCGUCAUGAAGACCAUUGAGAUAUGAUUAUGAGAUGAGGAAUUGCUUCUAGUCCAAUAGAUGCAACCAACGGCGUACUGGGAUCGCUGCAGCUGCUGCAGUUUUAAUGGGGGUUACAUAUCGCAUAUGCACCACGGCCAGUUUUCACUGGCAGUGAUACAUACAUGAAGCAACGGCGGAACCUUGAUUGGCCUUGACGGUUUACUGGAGUCACCAUAGUCGGAAAGACGUUUUUCCCUGAAUUCACAUCAUCUUCUGUUGUACCAUAGAACUCGACGUUUCAUUAUUUCUCUUCUUCGAGGCAGCAGCGCGCUUUGGCAAGCACUUCGCUGGGUAAUCAGUUUAGGGGCAAUGAGGCAAUAUGGGAGGGGGACUUUUUUCGCAACCCGGUUUGUGCAUGUCGGAUUAGAUCAGUGUGUAGCAUUGUAGGAGUGGGGCGCAAGAUUGAGGGCAGCGGCUGUCUUUGAAUUCGAUGAUGAAUAGUUGAUAAACGCGA